UGCAGCUACUGUAUUAUGCACGGAGGUGACGUCGAGGUGCUCAAGGCGCUCAAGGCUUAGGCCAUGGCCCUUCGCAAGCGCCCGGCGGCCUGCCCGGCCUCAUCACUCCCGCCAAAGCUCGCGAAGGAGUUUGAUACGCGGCCCUUUGAUGCUGCAGUGCAGCAGCUAAAGCGUCAAGUGGAGCAAGGGCGCCUGCCCGGCUUCAUGACUUCAGUCUUGAAGGAGGGAUUGAUGAUCCAUUUUGAGGCACAUGGCCAUGCAGAUCUGGCUGCGGAGAAGCCCAUGCUUCCGCAGACACUCUUCCGACUCUAUUCGCAGACGAAGCCUUUUGUGGUGGUUGGCUUCCUCAUGCUCCGUGAGCAAGGCUUGGUUGACUUGAACGAGCCCAUCUACAAGUUCUUGCCAGAAUUUGGCUCUGCAGUUGUCGGUGCCAAGAGGGCUCCUUUGGUCCGACCAAUUUUGGUGCGGGACCUCUUGGGGCACACCAGCGGCAUUGGCUUCGGCCCGGGCUUUGGCUAUCAGCCUGAAAAUUACUACGAGGUAAGCUAUGUUCCCUUGGUGGAAAAGGUCGACCGUGGGGAGAUCCGAUCCCUCGCAGAGUGGUGCCAGGAGCUUGCCCAGGUGCCCUUGAGGUUUCAGCCUGGCAAAGACUGGGGCUAUGGCUACAGCUCUGAUGUGCUUGGCCGCCUUAUUGAAGUGGUGUCAAAAAGACCAUUGGAAGAAUUUCUUCGAUGUGAGAUCCUUGAGAAGCUGCAGCUAACGGAGACCUUUUUCCAGGUGCCUCUUGACAAGGCUGUUGAUUUAGCUGCGCUCUACAAGCGAGAACCCUGGCAUGGAAGCAGCAAAUCGGUGAAUUUUGUGACGUGCGAUGUGGGCGGCAGUCAAGUGAUGGAGAAUGCGAAGAAGCGUGUUUUGGCUUUGCCAAAGAUCGACAGCUCCUCAGUGCUGGCAUCAAAGAGGUCUGUUUUUUUGGAAGGGGCGCCCAUCACUCGACAGGUGACCCAGGGAGGUGGCUGCGUUUGCAGCGUGGCUGGCGGCCUUGUCAGCAGCCUUCGGGACUGUGGCAGAUUCUUCAGCAUGUUGGUGAACAACGGGGAAUUGGAUGGCAUUCGACUCCUUUCACCUGAAAGUGUCCAACUGCUGCGAAGAGAUUGGCUGAACGACUUCACCACGGAAAAGCGCCAGCAGCCUCUCUGGGUUUGGGACAGUCCUGGCAUUGGUUUCUCGCCGCUGGGACAGCUUGGUGUACCCGUUGCAAAGGGCAAGGCCGUGCCACGUCACACGGCUGGGGCGAGGCUGGAUACUGUCCACUGGGGUGGCGCUGGCGGCUCUGGUUACAUGCUGAAGCCUGGUGGAUAG